CAGCUUUCUCACCAGUCUCUCCUAGCAUUCAGGCGGGUAGGAACCAUAAGAUCGGCGGAACGUUUAGCGCCAGACCGGGGCUCACCGAGAGGGUGUACGUUAACCAUGGCAGCAGGAGCGGCUUUAUCCGGGGUGAAGGUUUUGGGCAGACAAAUCAUUUCUACUCAUCGUAAUUGGUCGUAUGUCACCUGGAGAGCCGCCAGCACCGCCUUUAAGGCGUCAGACUUGCAAAUCGAGCUGAACAAGCAUCCCAAACAGAAACCAGACGUUAAGAACUUAAUAUUUGGGAAAACCUUUACUGACCACAUGCUGACCGUAGAAUGGACCAAUGAGAAGGGAUGGGGGAAACCUCACAUCAAACCUUUCCAGAAUCUUUCGCUUCACCCAGCCAGCUCGGCUUUACACUACUCGGUGGAGCUCUUCGAAGGCAUGAAAGCUUUCAGAGGAGACGAUAAUCGUGUUCGUCUUUUCCGGCCCAACUUAAACUUGGAGAGGAUGCACAGAACAGCUCUGAGAGCCGCAUUGCCUUCGUUUGACAAGGAUGAGCUCCUGGAGUGCCUGAGAAAGCUUAUUGAAAUCGAUCAAGAUUGGGUUCCCCAUUCUAAUACCGCUAGUCUGUACAUUCGCCCUACUUUUAUUGGAACAGAGCCUUCCCUGGGAGUCACAAAGUCAAAUCACGCCAUGCUGUUCAUCAUCAUUGGACCAGUGGGGCCAUAUUUUCCCACAGGCGGCUUCAAUCCAGUUUCGCUUUUGGCUGACCCAAAAUACGUACGAGCCUGGGUUGGCGGAGUAGGAAACUACAAGCUGGGAGGAAACUAUGGUCCUACAAUAAAUGUCCAACACGAGGCUGCCCAGCAGGGAUGUCAGCAGGUGCUGUGGCUUUAUGGUGAUAACCGUCAGGUGACUGAAGCUGGCACAAUGAACUUCUUCAUGUAUUGGGUCAAUGAGCAGGGCGAGGAAGAGCUACUGACUCCUCCGCUUAAUGGUUUAAUUCUGCCUGGAGUGACGAGACAAAGUUUGCUGGAUCUGGCGAGGCAGUGGGGUGAAUUUAAAGUUUCUGAGCGCACUGUAACCAUGGGCGAUCUCAUCAAAGGGCUUCAAGAGGACCGAGUGAAAGAAAUAUUUGGAUCGGGAACAGCUUGCGUUGUUUCUCCAGUCAGCAGGAUACUUUAUGAGGGCCAGAAUUACGACAUACCCACCAUGGAGAACGGGCCUGAAAUGUCGAAGCGUUUCCUGAAGUCGCUGAAUGACAUCCAGUAUGGACGCACUCACAGUGACUGGGCAUACCUUGUUUGAAAUAAGAUGGAUGUCUGUUAGAUCCUGCAUUCCAAAGCAUUAGAAUCAUAAAUCUCUUGGAUUUUAUUUAUAAGGGUUUUAAACGUGUUUCUAAGGGCGAUCAAGUGGAAGAAAGAUGGAGCAGCUUCUACCUCCACAUCUUCGGUUCUCUACCCACCCUUCCUUCCUUGAUUUAAUAUUAGUUUUUUUUAUGGUGCUUGAGUAAGACAGGUGACAUAUUUUGUUAUUUAAUAUAUGAAAUGGAAUAGGGGAUUAUGAUUUUAGGAAAUGCAGUGUAGACAUUUGACAGCCGCUGUUAAACAUAAAUAUAUAUUUAAUUUUGUUUGCUGAUGUGAUAUAUAUACACUCCGAUGAAUUAGCAGCAUCAUCAUUCAUGCAUGUUAUCAGGAACAGAGCUUUUCCUCACUGCAAUAUAGAGUUUUUUCCAGUGUAUGAAUGGCACACACUGCUGUUUAGAAUGUAUAUUGCUUCACUAUUCUAACACACAAGCCCCUCUUAAAAUGGGGAGCAUGUGGCCGUCGCUUCUUACAAUAUAUGCACAAGCCCCACGUACAAAUACAUAAGAAACAGGGUUCUUUAAAUAGAGAGAAAUGCUUAGA